GUCUGAAGCAUUAUCACAUUCCUCGCAUGGUAGUCAAGGAUCCCUUGGUCCUGAUGAUUCUAUAUCACAAGUGUUACCUCCAUAUUUCUGCGACAACUUUCAGCUUGAUAUUGAUUUGGAGAAUGAUGACUCUGCCCAUAGCGAUACACUCAGUUCUGCUCCGUCCGGGCUUCUAACCGCUACCCUUGAUUCUAAUUCAAAUGCGAGUGACUUGACAGGGGGUCAUUCCGCUACGGUUACAAGUGAUAUUUCCGGAAUACAUCUUGAUGUUCCUGCUUCAUUUCUUCCAAAGCGGAAAGCGAGAAAAGGACACUGCUGGUUUCCAAGUAACGGAACAGAGGUUUUUGAAAAAGGAAAGUGGCGCUGGCGGUGUGCUCGUUGCCCCCGACACCGUGCUCCUCUAUAUACCGACUCAUCAACAAAAAACAUGAACCAACAUCUCGCGAUUUCACAUGGUAUAACCAAGGAAUACCCGGAAGGUGGUCAGGAGAUCAGUAGCGCUGCUAGUGAGUCAAGAAUUGUUGCUGCUUUUGGACGGACGAUAUCACCAGGCCUUCAGUUUAAUUCUGAUAUAUUUAAACAAAUGCUUAUGCGAUGAAUAUAUGUCACAAAUACGGCAUUUUAUGUUAUCGAGGAUCCAACAUUUCGUACCCUAUUAGCAUAUUUACUUAGUUGUGUUUCACGACCAGAUGGUCUGCGAAAUUCAUUGCCAAAAUCAAGUACCACGAUGACGAAUUGGAUCGUACUACUCUAUCGUGAGUCUAGUACUGCAGUAAAGGGUUAUUUUAAAUCUCUACCAUUUCGUAUCCAUCUGAGCUUU